AUGAACUGUACAGAAGCAUGUAAAGAUGGAAACUAUGGUCCCGGUUGUGUAAAUAACUGCAGUGGUCACUGUCUUGGGGAUGUCCUCUGUAACAAACAAACGGGACACUGUGACACAGGGUGUAAACCGGGAUAUACAGGGGAUUUAUGUGAUACAGCAUGUGACCGUGGAUACUUUGGGAACCAAUGCAAAGAACUCUGCAGCAAAAACUGUUUGAAUGAGAAGUGUAGUCACAUUGACGGUGUAUGUAAAAAUGGUUGCAAAGAUGGACAUAUCGGAGAAAGAUGUAACGAAUCCUGUCAGCCGGGGUAUUUUGGGAGAAAGUGCUCUGGUAUUUGCUCUCAUAGAUGCAUAAGUACAUGUAGGUUCACAGACGGAUCCUGUAUCUGCAACCACGGUUGGAUGGGCUCAAAUUGCAGUGAAGAAUGCCUUCAGUACUAUGGGGAAAACUGUCAAAUUCCCUGCAGUGAAUAUUGUGUGAACCGCACAUGUGACAGAUUCAACGGAAGUUGCUUAGCUGGGUGCAAGGGAGGAGCCUAUGGAGAAAAAUGCGACCAAGAUAUAAAAGACAAUCUUCAGAGACGUUAG